AUGCGCCUCCCCUACGCGCCCUCAACCCCACCAGCGGACUCCCCGCCGUCCGUGGCGGAGAUAUACGCGCGCAUCGAGGCGCGACGGAAACCCCGUCCUCUGAUCCCCCUGGACCUGACGCUGCUGCACUCGCCGCCCGUGGCGAACGGGUACAACGCGUUCGUGGGCGCGCUGCGCACCGAGACCAUCGUGCCGCAGUCGCUGCUCGAGCUGGCCGUCUCGCGCGUCGCCAUCCUCACGGGCGCCGUCUACGAGUGGAACAUCCACGCCGCGCUGGCCCUCAAGGCCGGUCUGUCUCCGCAGGCGCUGGAGGUCGCGCGCGCGGCGCCGAAAGGGACCGUGGGAGCGGACAGGUCGGCAGCAGCGGGGGGUGCUCUGAGUGAGAAAGAGGUCGCGGUGCUGGGAUACACGGACGAAGCCACGGUCGAUGUCAAGGUGCAGGACGACACCUUCGCGGCCCUCAAGGCGCACUUCAACGACCGCGAGAUCCUCGAGCUGGCCACCGUCGUCGCCGGGUAUAACGCCGUCAGUCGGAUCCUCGUGCCGCUCGACGUCGGCGAGAACAACGACAAGCCGAUGAAGACGGUCGACGAGCUGGUAGCGGCGGCGAGGACUUGA